AUGACGACUCGCUAUCGUGUUGAAUAUGCCCUCAAGACUCAUCGCCGCGAUCAACUGAUCGAAUGGAUCAAGGGUCUCCUCGCAGUCCCCUUUGUGCUGCAUUCCCAGCCCAUCGCCAUCUCGCAAGAAUCCAGCGAGCGGCUCAACACUGUUGCUGCUGAUACUCACCAGCGCUAUGCCGAGAUUAUGCGUGAUGUCGAGAACCUGAUUCUCGAUCAUAUCGAACAUCACGAACGCAAUGCCCCCGGCAAAUCCAAGCUAAAGCUACUGGUGCCUUCAGUCGGGACCUUUUUCACACGCCUACAUCUAGAAGAUGCCUUCAAGUACCAAGAUCAGCGCCGCUUCAUCAGCCGGCGCCGAUUCGUCGCGCCCUCAUUCAACGAUAUCCGACUCAUCCUAAACUCCGCCCAACUACAGGGUCUCGUCCGCUCCAGCGAGGUCCAGCUCGUCACCUUCGACGGAGAUGUAACCCUCUACGAUGACGGCGCCUGCCUCACGGCAGAUAACCCCGUUAUCCCACGUAUCAUGCGUCUUCUCGAGCAAGGCCGUAAGGUGGGUAUCGUCACUGCGGCCGGGUACGAAGAGGCUCCGAAAUAUUAUGGUCGCCUGCAGGGUCUGCUAGAUGCGGUGCAUGCGUCAACUAGCUUGACCCCCGCCCAGAAACAAGGUAUCAUCGUUAUGGGUGGGGAGAGUAAUUUCCUAUUUCGUUUUGAUUCAGAGUCGGAUGUCCGAUUGACUUAUGUGCCGAGGGAGGAAUGGUUACUCGAUGAGAUGCGCGCGUGGCGAGACGAUGAUAUCAAAGAACUUCUCGAUCUCGCCGAGUCCGCUCUGCGAGCCUGUGCGACGAAUCUCAGCCUUCCAGCUGCGGUUCUGCGGAAGGAUCGUGCUGUGGGUGUCUACCCCGUUAAUGGAGUUCGGAUUAACCGCGAACAACUUGAGGAGACCGUCCUCGUUGUCCAGAAUACCGUAGAACGAUCUGCGGUCGGUGCGCGACUUCCAUUCUGCGCCUUUAACGGCGGAAAUGACGUUUUUGUCGAUAUCGGUGACAAGUCCUGGGGUGUUCGAGCCUGCCAGCGAUACUUUGGUGGUAUCGAUCCGUCCAAGACGCUUCACAUUGGCGAUCAAUUCUUGUCUGCGGGUGCCAACGACUUCAAGGCCCGACUGGCUUCGACAACCGCUUGGAUUGCCAAUCCUGCAGAGACUGUGGAUCUCUUGGAUGAGUUGGAAGGUGCGGUCAACCCAUCCAAGUAGGGGGAAAGCAUAUAGGCGUCUGUCUCUCAUGGAUAUAAUAAUGUAGCAUGCAGCAUGCAAUCUCAGUUUUUAGUCUAUAACAGUAAUGCAACAUACCCAGUUCAAGCA